AUGUCCACCUCUAUCAAAUUUCCAGCUAACAAAGCCUCGCCAAUACACUGGAUCCUCGACUGGGACGGCACCAUCACCAAAAAAGACACACUAGAUGCCCUCGUCAACAUAUCCGCCGCCGCAAAUCCUGGUUUCCCCACCCAGGACCGCUGGAACGAUGUCUCGAAAGCUUACAUGGACGAUUACACAGCUACACUAUCCCAAGUCGCGCCAGACGGCAAGCUACCAACCACAGUAUCGGGGGAGAAGCACCUUCUUGCCCAAAUGAAACCCGUAGAACAGCGUAGUCUCCACCGCGUAUCUUCAUCCGGUAUCUUCGCCGGCUUGACGAAGGAAGCUAUAGAAGCUGGGGCAAAACAGGCUAUCGACUCACGUGCGGUAGAAGUACGGAGUGGUUUCCUUGGAUUCUCCAGGCAUGUUCGUCAUGACCGCGUGGACGAUGGUUUGACGCUUCUCAGUGUCAAUUGGUCGCGCCACUUCAUUCAGUCCUGCCUUAGUGCCUCGGGUACGGUUGAUCUACCUAGCAAAUCUAUCUUCUCCAAUGAACUUGAAAACAUAGAGUCUGGAGACCCAUCUACGGGCGCAAUCGUCCCAGCUGCCCCCAAUUGUGAAAGCCUCGUCAUGUCUAGCGGAGACAAACUCGAGAGAAUGGAGCGGUUGCAGGAGCUGAAGGGCCAAAAGGUGUAUGUGGGCGAUAGCUGGACAGAUAUCGAAUGCUUACUGGCAGCUGAUCUGGGUAUUUGUAUUCGAGACAGCCCCAUGGGAAGUUCACAGGCAAAACUUGCAGAAGCAUUGACAAGGUUAGGUAUAUCAUGUCUGCGAUUAAAGGACUAUAAAGACGCUGACGAGUGGGGUGUUGUAUGGGCAAGUGACUUUGCGGAGAUUUGUGACUGGGUUGAGAGUAAGCCAACCUAG